AGAACUCCACGUUCCCUGUACGGCGUCGUUGCCUCUCUCGAACCAGGGCAAGAACGUGGCUACAAAACAUGGGUGAAGCAGGGAUUGCCACGUUGCCGGGCAGUUAUACGAGGAAACCGUCCCUUAGUCAGCACGACAUCUUGGCCUUCUUUUGUGCCCCAAUCUCGAUUCUCGACUGAACGUCGUCGAUCCGCCAGUCACUCGCCGUCGAGAAGAAGCAAGAAUGGCGUUGAGAGGAGCUGCGGCUGCAUGCAUUGGGAGGCACAAGAACGCUUCUUUGAGCUUGAUUUCGAUACCCAAUCGGCUGCCCCGGAAACCCCCACAAGGCUUCAGUCCGUCUCUUCGACACCAAGCUGGAAGAUCUGUUCGGGCAAUUCAAGGAGCUACCGCGGAGCCAGUGGCUCCCAAGAAAGAAGAUGAAGGGCAGUCACUCCAGGACUGGAAGAUUAAAAUGCUCUACGAUGGCGAUUGCCCGCUUUGCAUGCGCGAGGUUGAUAUGCUGAGAGAGAGGAAUAAGCAGUAUGGCACGAUAAAGUUUGUCGACAUCAGCUCCGCUGGCUAUUCACCUGAGGAAAAUCAGGGCCUUGAUUACAAAACGGUUAUGGGGAGGAUCCAUGCAAUUCUUUCGGAUGGUACCAUUGUGACUGAUGUGGAAGCGUUUAGAAGACUUUAUGAACAAGUGGGUCUUGGAUGGGUUUAUGCCAUUACCAAGUAUGAACCGAUUGCAACCAUGGCUGAUGCGGUUUAUGGAGUUUGGGCUAAAUAUCGUCUGCAAAUUACUGGGCGUCCCCCGCUAGAAGAGAUACUGGAAGCACGAAAGAGUAAGGGUGAAAUGUGUAAUCAUGGCGACAAAUGUAAGAUGUGAACCUUUCGGCGAAGGUUAACUUUUUUUCACACGAGGGAAGAGGAGCUGCAUUUGUUGCUUUCGUAACGAAAAUCUGUUUCAGAAAUCGCCUUUGUAUAUUUCGGUGCAUUGAAUAGCCGAUUCUAUAGGAAGAUCACAUUUUUCCCCUUUUGUAACACGAAAAUAUCUGGUCCGUGGAAGUGAUAACUGAUCAUGAAUAAAUGGCUCCACACAAAAUGCAUAUCCAAUCUGGUGCGCAUCAUAGUUUGUCGAGAUUAUUGUCUUUGAUACUUACCAUUCAGGUGUUUGCACACAAGACUUGAACUUGCC